CUAACAAUGUCCAUCACCAUGCAUGCCACCACUGACAAUGCGGGUGCAAGAACCCAUCUUCAAAGGCCUCCUCUAUCGCGGACGGUUACGGCGCUCACAGCGCGCGAUAUUCUCUUGCAAGCCAAAAAGAAUACAGUUCUCAAAUCACACGGUCGUCCACCGUGGUACGGAGAAGACGGUGCUCCCAUAAGCGAUGCGUUUGUAAUCGGAAUAGCUGGAGGAUCUGCCAGCGGGAAGACACAUGUAGCGCGUCAGAUUGUCAAAUCGCUGGGAUCCAUCCCAACGGUGAUCAUUCUCUCCCAAGACAGCUUUUACAAGCGUCACACAAGAGAAGAGAUUGACCUCGCGUUUGCUAAUCGAUUCGACUUAGAUCAUCCUGAUGCUAUUGAUAUGCCCCUGUUUUCCUCUUGUCUAGCAGAUUUGAAGGCCUGCAGACAGACCAUUAUGCCGGUCUACUCGUUUACGGAGCAUCAGCGACUGGAUGAAACCAGGUAUCUGUACGGUGCUGCUAUCAUUAUAGCGGAGGGGAUUAUGGUACUACAUGACCAGUCCCUCAGGGAUCUGUAUGAUUUGAAGAUUUUCGUCCAAUGUGACUCGGAUCUCAUGCUCGCCCGCCGCAUUCGACGCGACGUGAAAGAGCGAGGCAGAUCUGUCGACGGCAUUCUUGAGCAAUAUCUGCGAUAUGUGAAGCCUUCAUAUGACAACUUCGUACUGCCAACAUCCCGCUAUGCUCACAUUAUCGUUCCUGGUUCUGACAAUGCUGUAGCUAUCGACCUCAUCUCCACUCACGUCCGCCGCCAGCUCAGUGAACGCACCACGCGGCUCCGGCAACGCUUCGCGGAUGCAGGGCCGCGUGAUCUUCUUCCUCACAAUCAUACCCCUAAUCCCACGAAGGAAUGCCUUAGGAUCACACUCCUGCCUCAGACGCCUCAACUCCAGGGCAUAUUGACCGUGCUCAGAGAUCGCACUACCCGGCGAGGGGACUUCAUCUUCUUCCUCGAUAGAUUAGCUACUCUGUUGGUAGAAAAAGCCACGGAGUUGUUACCAUACCGUCCGAAGACCGUUGUCACUCCUGUUGAGGUUGAGUCGCAUGGUAAACAGUUAAAUGCGGAGUACGUUUGCGGAGUGUCAAUCUUGCGAUCCGGCGGCCCGUUGGAGCACGGGCUUCGCAGAGUGAUCAACAACAUAGCCAUUGGAUCGCUGUUGAUUCAAUCCGAUGCCAGCACUGGCGAGCCGCUAUUGUUGCACCUUCAGCUGCCUAUUUGUAUUCGCCACAGACAUCUUGCAGAGCAAAGCUGGGUCUUUUUGCUCGACGCGCAGAUCGGCACAGGAGCCGCAGCGUUCAUGGCCAUCAGAGUUCUUCUCGAUCAUGGUGUGCGCCAAGAUCAUAUCAUCUUCAUCACGAUCCUGGUUGCGCGUUCUGGAGGCAUAUCCGCGCUUCAACGUGCAUUCCCUGACGUGCAGAUUGUUUGUGCCGCGGUGGACGAUGGACUGCGAGAACUCUGGCUGGAAGAUGAGGUGGAAGGCGAAGGUCACAGUAGCAGUGGGGGCCGUCGAGCCUGGGUAGUGGAGCCUGGGAUGGGUCAGAUCGGUGAUCGUUACUACCUAUGAUAGCUAUAGGUGACCUGGGACAUCACUUGGAGCACAGGAUAUUCAUUGUUAGCAUGUGAUGGUUACUUUAAUGAUGACGUGUGAACAUUCCGAGUCCUGAUCUGCAUACACAGCGCUUCACAGCUGCACUGCAGUCAUGCUGUUAUACG